UUUCAAAUAGAUCGGGAUCGGCGGAUAUCUGAAAUGGAAAGUCAAUCUAUCUAUAUGUGUGUUAAUAUCUCGAGUAGAAUCAUAUGAAGGGGAUGUUAUUUUUUUAUAUCUAACCAAUUUGAUGAAUUACUCCUAAAGGUUUACAUCAAAAUAGUGCUAGUUGAUGAGAGUUAUUUCGGAAACAAAAAGAGUAAAGUCAAAUUCAUUUGGGUUAUUCUCUCAAUUCCAAUAAAAUACAACCGGAUCAAGUAUGAGUUGGCGAUCAGAACGUAUAUGGAUAGAACUUAUAACGGGGUCUCGAAAAACAGGUAAUUUCUGCUGGGCCUUUAUCCUUUUUUUAGGUUCAUUAGGAUUCUUAUUGGUUGGAAUUUCCAGUUAUCUUGGUAGAAAUUUGAUAUCUUUAUUUCCGUCUCAGCAAAUCAUUUUUUUUCCACAAGGGCUCGUGAUGUCUUUUUAUGGGAUUGCGGGUCUCUUUAUUAGCUCCUAUUUGUGGUCCACAAUUUCGUGGAAUGUAGGUAGUGGUUAUGAUCGAUUUGAUAUAAAAGAAGGAAUAGUAUGUAUUUUUCGUUGGGGAUUUCCUGGAAAAAAUCGCCGCAUCUUCCUCCGAUUCCUUAUAAAAGAUAUUCAGUCCGUCAGAAUAGAAGUUAAAGAGGGUAUUUAUGCUCGUCGUGUCCUUUAUAUGGAAAUCAGAGGUCAGGGGGCUAUUCCCUUGACUCGUACUGAUGAGAAUUUGACUCCACGAGAAAUUGAACAAAAAGCUGCUGAAUUGGCUUAUUUCCUGCGUGUACCGAUUGAGACCAUGCAAACUAGAAAUACUUUUUCUUGGAUAAAGGAACAGGUUACUCGAUCCAUUUCCGUAUCGCUCAUGAUAUAUAUCAUAACUCGGGCAUCCAUUUCAAGCGCAUAUCCCAUUUUUGCACAGCAGGGUUAUGAAAAUCCACGAGAAGCGACGGGGCGUAUUGUAUGUGCCAAUUGCCAUUUAGCUAAUAAGCCCGUGGAUAUUGAAGUUCCACAAGCGGUACUUCCGGAUACUGUAUUUGAAGCAGUUGUUCGAAUUCCUUAUGAUAUGCAACUGAAGCAAGUUCUUGCUAAUGGUAAAAGGGGGGCUUUGAAUGGGGGGGCUGUUCUAAUUUUACCUGAGGGGUUUGAACUAGCGCCUCCCGAUCGUAUUUCUCCCGAGAUGAAAGAAAAGAUAGGCAAUCUAUCUUUUCAGAGCUAUCGCCCCAAUAAAAAAAAUAUUCUUGUGAUAGGCCCCGUUCCUGGUCAGAAAUAUAGUGAAAUCACCUUUCCUAUUCUUUCCCCAGACCCCGCUACGAAGAAAGAUGUUCACUUCUUAAAAUAUCCUAUAUACGUAGGCGGAAACAGGGGAAGGGGUCAGAUUUAUCCCGACGGGAGCAAGAGUAACAAUACAAUUUAUAAUGCUACAGCAGCGGGUAUAGUAAGCAAAAUCGUACGAAAAGGAAAGGGGGGGUAUGAAAUAACCAUAGCAGAUGCGUCGGAUGGACGUCAAGUAGUUGAUAGUAUCCCUCCAGGGCCCGAACUUCUUGUUUCAGAGGGCGAAUCUAUCAAAUUUGAUCAACCAUUAACAAGUAAUCCGAAUGUGGGCGGAUUUGGUCAGGGAGAUGCAGAAAUAGUACUUCAAGAUCCAUUACGUGUCCAAGGUCUUUUGUUCUUCUUGGCAUCUGUUAUUUUGGCACAAAUAUUUUUGGUUCUUAAAAAGAAACAGUUCGAGAAGGUUCAAUUGUCCGAAAUGAAUUUCUAGAUUCGCGGAUUUAUCAACAUCAAGUUCGUAAAAAUUCUCGUUGGCGAUUAUGUAUGGUCAAAAAAUUUAAUUAUGAAAGAAAAACUUUUGCUUGUUUAUAUUCUUUUUCUACUAGAUGCCGGGAAUUCCUUGUACUGUGUUCCUAGUCAUAGAGUAUGUAGAUUGUAAAGAAUACUAUUUUACUUUCCCCUUUCUUUGUUUUUUUAAUCCAAAUUGGGGCGGUGCGACUGUGUUACUAUUUCCAGAUUUAAAUGUCAUAAAAUACACCAAUCGUUUUUUAUUCGACGAGAAUCAAAUUCGACUAGAUACUAGACAUAAGUAAGCGGGGAAUAAAAACGGAUAAAUGCUGGGAAAAAAAA